AUGGAGAACAAGGUGACUCUCAGGUCUUCCAAGCGACGCCCUCGCUUGGUCAGACUGCUCUACUACGGCAUGUUGCUGGCAAUGAUUUACUUUUGCCUCAUUGGAAGACCCGUGUGGUAUGGCGUUCUUCCCCUGCUUUGGAAUCACUUUCGCCAGGCCACCGCGCCUGUCGGCUACCUAAUAUUCUCGAUCAUCAACGCCAUCUGGGUAGGAUUCCCGAUCGUCCUGGGGCGCUUCGAACCGCCGGCACGGGCAAUAGCUGCAGAUGUGGACCCCUUGGCGGCGAAGGUGACACGCUGUCCUCAUGAGAGCAACCUCGAGCACAACACUGCUCUACUCAUCCCAUGCUACAAAGCUGAAAAGUCUUUGCCCAACACGAUACGCGCAGCUUUGCGCCAUUUCCGCGCUUCUAGCAUCUUCAUUCUAGAUAAUGGCAACACCGAGAAAGCGACCGACGGCACGCCGGACGUGGCUGCUCUCUUCGGCGUCAACUACAUUUUCGUUCCCGUAGGCUCAAAGAUCGGGGCAGAGUUUGUGGGUGUUCAUCACCUUUCGAUCGCAGCUUUUGACUAUGUGAUGGUCAUCGACGAUGAUGUUGAGCUCCCCGAGAACUUGACUCUAGCGACCAAACGGUUUCGGGAUGCGAAGGUGGGAUGCGUUGGCUACACAAUUCGCUCGGUUGGGACACAUAAGUCUUGCGGGACCGCCAUCCAGCAGCUCCAAGAUCUUGAGUAUCGACUGAGUGGAUUGCGACAUUGCUUCGGCGCUAAGUGGGGCAGUGCUACUUUUCCUCACGGUGCCAUCAUCCUCUGGAGACGCCAGACAUUGGCGGAUCUCUUUAGAGUCCAUCCCGGCUUCAAAAUCAGCGAGGACCUCUUCUUCGGACUAAAGUGUCGCGAAAGCGGACAUUAUGUGGACUUUACAAGUGCGCUCCAUGUGCCGACAGAGACGCCUCCUUACCUUUUUGGACCCAGAGCGGAUGGAUUGUGGACCAUAUGGGCAUUUUUGUGGUCUACUAGCAAGACACUCGUCGCUGGCGCCGACGUUUCUAGGAAAUCAGACUUAGAAAGCGCUGCGGGCAUACGAGGCGGAUAUGGUGAGAUGACCGUCUUCAAACAGCGCUAUACCCGAUGGGCCUUCAUGCACUGCUAUGCUCUCGGACCUCAGAUAUGGUGGCUCCUCACAUCCUGGAACCUUGGCUGGAGAGAGCCUGUUGCCAAAGUUCUCGGUCUGCAAGACGUACUCGCAACGCUGUUCAUGCUGGUGCUGCCAUUCAUGCUUCCGUGCACGCUUUAUUACAACGCGACGUUGACCGGCAAGAUCAUAGCGAUCAAUAGCGGCAUCGGCCUCCUAGCAGCGUUGGCUUUCAACAGCUUUCAUUUGCAUCAGCGGCCCGAAGGUCGCAUUGCAUGGCAUAUCAUCUUCGCCAGUGUGCCCUAUCGGCUCGUCCUCCGCUGUAUACAGGUAGCUGCGGUCUAUCGCGGCAUGAUCUUGUACGGCGUAUACUUUGGGGCAAGGACUUGGAAGCUCCACUCGGAUCCUCUUUUGUCACUGAUGGUCAUACCAGCUCGAAUGACGAGAAGAAGUACACCCCUGACGGGGCACGGCCGUCCCAAUCCCACAUCGAGCGAGUCACUGCGGGACAUUCCAUAG